UAGGAGGCAUGAAGCGGGGAUGGUGGGAGGCUGUAUCUUCAGACAGGGAACAGCAUUCAAAGACUUCAGGUGAGAGAGAGCAUGGCUCCCUAGGAAUGAAUGCAUUUCAUCACCUGGAAGAGUAGAAACUGCAGGCUAGUGAAAGAUGAAGCUCGACAGAGGUUCCGGUUCUGUGGUGACCUGGACUGUCCUGACUGGGUCCUGGCAGAGAUCAGCACGCUGGCCAAAAUUUCCUCCGUGAAGCUGAGGCUGCUGUGUAGCCAGGUGCUGAAGGACCUUCUGGGACAGGGUAUUGAUUAUGAGAAGAUCCUGAAGCUCACCGCUGAUGCCAGGUUUGAGUCGGGUGAUGUGAAGGCCACAGUGGCAGUGCUGAGUUUCAUCCUCUCCAGUGCGGCCAAGCAUAGCGUGGAUGGCGAGUCCUUGUCCAGUGAACUGCAGCAGCUGGGGCUGCCCAAAGAGCAUGCAGCCAGCCUGUGUCGCUGUUAUGAGGAGAAGCAAAGCUCCCUGCAGGAGCACCUGCGGGCCUGCAGCUUCCGAGUGAAUAGGCUGGCAGGCGUGGGCUGGCGGGUGGACUACACCCUGAGUUCUAGCCUGCUGCGGUCCGUGGAAGAGCCCAUGGUGCACCUGCGGCUGGAGGUGGCAGCUGCCUCGGGUGCCCCGGCCCAGCCUGUUACCAUGUCCCUCUCAGCAGACAAGUUCCAGGUCCUCCUGGCAGAACUGAAGCAGGCCCAGACCCUGAUGAACUCACUGGGCUGAGAAGAAGAGCUCAUGGGGCCCAUGUGGAGCUGCCCUCCGAACUUCUCUUCACGGGGUGCCCCAGCUCCAGGACCCUAGGGGCCUGGCCUCCUGGAUGUCUGGCUUCCUAGGUUACCACCUGAGAAUUCAGCCUAGGGAUCCUGAACACUCUUGCAGCAUUGUCUUCCCUCCCCCAUGAAAGGCACAUGUCAGUGGUUUUCAUGAGAGGGAAGAAUAAACAGAAGUGUAAGAAGUGUAAAGAAGUGUGUGCAUGGAUUUCUUUUGGGUUCAAAUCAGAGGUUUUCAUGAGAGAGACCAAGUGACAUAGUGACCUCCCUGACCUAUCGCACGUUUUCUUUUUUCUUUUCUCAGCUGCUGAUUGAGGCAGGUCAGGGUUGAGGCAGAACGAGAGCCAAAAUGAAACAGCUUGUCUGUAGACAGGAAAAUCAGGGUUCUAGCUCCCAGUCCUAUGAUGCUCUUGGCUCUGCCCUCUCUGUGCUGGCCCUGUCCUUAGGCUGGCAGCAAGUGGGUGGCCCCAACACCAGAUACCCCAGGUAGAGAAAGGAGACAGCCCUUGCCUCUCUGUCAUCUUCUUUAGGAAGAGAGAAGGCCCAUGCCUGAACCACUCACUGGCAAGUGGAAUGGGAUAAUGGGCUGAAUGUUUGUUAUGCACCCAUUCCCCACCCCCUGCCAAAUUCAUAUGUCUAAGCCCCAACUCCCCGUGAGAUGGUUUUAGGAGGUGGGGCUUUGGGGAAUAAUUAGGUUCAGAUGAAGUCAUGAGAGUGGGACCCUUGUGAUGAUUAGCACUCUUAUAAGAAAAGGAAAACAGACUCUCUGUACCAUGGAAAGCAUGUACCGUGGAAAGGCCAUAUGAGAACAUAGUGAGAAGACAGCUGUCUAACAAGGCAGGAGAGAGCCCUCACCAAGAACUGAUUCUGACUCGAACUUGGACUUCCCAGCCUCUGGAACUAUGAGAAAUAAAUGUCUGGUUUUUUGGGGUUUUUUUAAAAAUAAAUUUAUUUAUUUAUUUAUUUA